UAUUGUACGUGUGCGAAUUGGUGUGAACGAAAUCGAUUUCGACGAACUACGAGAAUCAUCGUGAAGACAAACUGACGUUCACGUGUGUUUUAUCGUAUAAAAAUAUUAGAAUAAUUUUUGUGUGUGGAAUAAUCUAUUGUAAAAAGAAACGAACAUGUCGGACGAUCCAAGCUUGUACAGAUUGGAAGGGACUGAUGGAAAUCAAGCUGGAGGUCUGGUCAUUCGUAAGAAAGCUUCGGAUCACACAUUUAAAAAACCGUCUGUAUUGGGUCUGGACAAGAUUGCAGAGCGAAAAAGAAAGGAACAGUCGCAAGAACCUACUAGCUCCAAAUACAAGAGAAGCGAGGACAGAGAUAGAAAAUAUCGUACCUACGAAGAAGAAACUCCCACCCAUACUGGUGGUGUUAAUUCAGAAGCUCAGCGGCGAUUAGAGUCGCGACUGAAGCGUCAAAGAUUGAAUGCUAAUGACAGAAAUGUUAGGGACAGUUACAGAAGUUACGACAAGGACAGAGACAGAAGAAGAGACAGGGACGGAGAGAGCCGUAGAGACAGUAGCGUACGACAAACGCCUAGGUUCAAGGACGAACCUCAGACACCAAAAUUCCGCAUGAAAGAUCCCACUUCCAAGAGUAAUUGGGACGAUGACGAAGAUGAAGAGCCGAAGCGAUCGAGCUGGGAUCAUCCCACACCGAACAUUUAUAACAACAGAGAUGGUCGUGACAGUGUAAGAAGCGAGUUUACUCCAUCCUAUAAGUAUAAUGUAUGGAAUAAAGACUUCAAGAACUCCGGUGCCACUCCGUCGAUAGACGGAGAGGAAAAAGCACUCUGGGAAGAGGAACAGCAAAGAUUGGACAGAGAGUGGUACGCGUUGGACGAUGGAGAAACCAAUGCUUUUGCCAAUGUGUCAGAGGAAUACACUCGGAAAAAAGAAAUGGAGUUGGAAGCUCGAAGACAAAAGCGUCUUUCCGCACAACAGCGACAGAUAAACAAGGACAACGAGUUAUGGGAGCGGAAUCGCAUGCUAACGUCAGGAGUUGUCAGUUCCUUAGAUCACGACGACGAUCCCGACGAUGAAGGAGAGGCGAGGGUUCACUUGUUGGUUCACAAUGUUGUUCCUCCAUUUCUAGACGGACGUAUCGUGUUUACGAAGCAACCAGAACCAGUUGUUCCCGUGCGCGAUCCAACGUCUGAUAUGGCACUGGUAGCGCGAAAAGGUUCCGCAUUGGUAAAAGCUUAUCGCGAGCAAAAAGAAAGACGUAGAGCGCAGAAGAAACACUGGGAACUGGCUGGAACGCACAUCGGUAACAUCAUGGGUGUACACGAUCGGCGUAAAGACGAUAAAGAACAUGCGGGACAAGAAACGGACUUCAAAGCUGGACAGAAAUACGCUCGACACAUAGGAGCUGGUGAAGUGACUGGAGAAGCGAAGUACAGAUCCAUUCAGCAUCAGAGAAGAAGUCUUCCUGUGUUUGUCGUACGCCAGGAAUUAUUGAACAUUAUUCGAGAGAACAGUGUUGUUGUGAUAGUGGGAGAAACCGGAUCUGGAAAAACCACGCAAUUAGUUCAAUAUCUUUAUGAAGAUGGCUACAGUCGAAAUGGAAUAAUUGGUUGUACUCAGCCCAGAAGAGUUGCUGCCAUGUCCGUUGCGAAAAGAGUUUCUGACGAAAUGGCCACUGCUUUGGGCGACAAGGUCGGAUAUGCGAUACGUUUCGAAGAUUGCACUUCAAAAGAUACGGUUAUCAAAUACAUGACCGACGGUAUUUUACUGAGAGAAAGUUUAAGGGAAGGAGAUUUGGACCGUUACAGCGUGAUUAUCAUGGACGAAGCUCAUGAACGGUCGCUUUCGACUGAUGUUUUAUUUGGUCUCCUAAGAGAGGUUGUUGCUAGACGUCAUGAUCUAAAGUUAAUUGUAACUUCCGCAACAAUGGAUUGCAGCAAGUUCUCCGCUUUCUUUGGCAACGCAGCAACAUUCCAAAUACCUGGACGUACAUUUCCCGUUGAAGUGAUUCACGCGAAAAAUCCGGUUGAAGAUUAUGUAGAUGCAGCUGUGAAGCAAGUCUUGCAGAUCCAUUUGCAGCCGAAAAGCGGCGAUGUCUUGGUCUUCAUGCCUGGUCAAGAAGACAUCGAAGUCACCUGCGAGGCUCUGAAAGAACGUUUGGCCGAAAUCGAGUCGGCUCCACCUCUUUCUAUAUUACCGAUCUAUUCCCAAUUGCCAUCGGACUUACAGGCGAAGAUCUUUCAGCGAUCCGAGGGUGGUUUUCGCAAGUGCGUUGUAGCGACGAAUAUAGCGGAAACGUCAUUAACAGUUGACGGAAUUGUCUUCGUCGUCGAUUCGGGAUACUGCAAGCUAAAAGUGUACAAUCCACGAAUUGGCAUGGACGCUUUGCAAGUUUAUCCCGUGUCGAGAGCCAAUGCCGAUCAGAGACAAGGCAGAGCAGGCCGAACUGGUCCUGGUCAAUGCUACAGAUUAUAUACACGAAGACAGUAUUUAGACGAAUUAUUACUGACAGGAGUUCCCGAAAUACAACGUACGAACUUGGCCAAUACCGUACUGUUGCUGAAAUCGUUGGGAGUUCAAGACUUGUUAGCCUUCCACUUCAUGGAUCCACCGCCGCAAGAUAACAUACUGAACUCAUUGUAUCAAUUGUGGAUUUUGGGCGCUCUCGACCAUACAGGACGCUUAACGCCGCUCGGACGUCAAAUGGCCGAAUUUCCUCUAGACCCGCCGCAAUGUCAAAUGCUUAUAGUCGCCUCCCAACUUGGUUGCACGGCAGAUAUUCUCAUCAUCGUCUCCAUGCUAUCGGUUCCGUCUAUUUUCUACAGACCGAAGGGACGCGAAGAAGAUUCGGAUUCGGCGCGCGAGAAGUUCCAAGUACCGGAAUCAGAUCAUUUGACUUAUCUGAAUGUGUACAAUCAGUGGAAGGCAAAUGGCUAUUCGACUUCCUGGUGCAACGAUCAUUUUAUACACGCGAAGGCAAUGCGCAAGGUGCGCGAAGUGCGCUCGCAGCUCGAGGAGAUCUUGAAGCAACAGAAGAUGGAUGUCGUCAGCUGCGGCACUGACUGGGACAUUGUGCGAAAGUGUAUUUGUUCUGCUUACUUUCACCAAGCGGCGCGCUUGAAAGGCAUCGGCGAAUACGUCAACUGCCGUACCGGAAUGCCGUGCCAUCUUCAUCCUACCUCCGCGCUGUUCGGUAUGGGCUUCACGCCCGACUAUGUCGUGUAUCACGAGCUUGUAAUGACCGCCAAAGAAUACAUGCAGUGCGUCACUGCUGUGGAUGGUCACUGGUUGGCCGAGUUGGGUCCGAUGUUUUUCAGUGUGAAAGAAACUGGUCGAAGUGGUCGCGCGAAGCGUCGGCAAGCGAUGCAGCAUCUCCACGAAAUGGAACAUCAAAUGAAAGAAGCCGAGGAAGAGAUGAAAGCGCGCGCUCAAGAACAGCUCGAACGCGAACAGGCGUCGGUUCGGAAGAAGGAAAUUUUGACGCCCGGCAUUAGAGAACCCGGCACUCCCGCCCCGUAUCGCAACACUCCCGGGAGAUUAGGAUUGUAAACGGUUUUCUCACAU